GUUGUCGCUUAGACGUUGGCACGGAAAGCUCGAAUUCCGGCUAAUAGACUGAAAUUACGUAAAAUCAGAAUACAAAAAAGAAAAAAACGAUGUCAAGAACGUUGUUUUUGCUAUGCGUACAAUUGUGGCUCGUGCCAACCUUUGUGCAUGGAGAUGGCCUGAUAGAGGUCUUCAAAUGGAAGCAAAUGGAUUUCUACAAUCGCGGCGAUGGCCAACACGGUCGACGCCCGGAUCCGUCAGCGCCAGUCGUGUUCCCAGAUCGUUAUGGUCGGGAGAGACCUGUGCGAGCAAAACGUGAGGUGUUCACCUCGCGUGAUAUACCCGAGGGGUUUAGCGCGCGCAGCGAUUUCAAUAAUGGCGAUGCCGCUCCAUACAUACCCUACAACAAUGUGCCAAUGGGCGCUACACAUUUUCGAGGACGCCUAUUUCUCACCAUGCCCAGACGACGUGUGGGCAUUCCGUCGACCUUGAACUUUAUAGACAUGCGUCGUGAUAGCAAACAGAACAGUCCCAAGCUCUACGCGUAUCCCAACUUCGAAUUGAAUCAGUUUAAUAAAAGUGCGCAGAAUUUGGUCUCCGUUUACCGGACCACGGUGGAUGCUUGCCAGAGAUUAUGGUUCAUUGACACUGGCAUGCUGGAGUAUCCAAAUAAUCGGCAGCAAAUCAGACGGCCCAGCAUUUGGAUAGUGGACCUUAAAACUGAUCGCGUAAUCAAACGCUUUGAUAUACCGGAAAGCAUUGUGGAGACGGGUCGUGGUCUGGCCAGCCUGACCAUUGAUAUGGAAUCGGCCGAGGAGUGUGGUCAGGCUUAUGCCUAUAUUCCAGAUCUGGUCAAUAGCCGUCUGUAUGUGUAUAACCUGGCGACAGAUCGCAUAUGGUCCUUUGCGCACAACUACUUUAACUUUGACCCUGUGGCCGGCGAUUUGAACAUAGGCGGUCAGUCUUUCCGCUGGGAUGAUGGCAUCUUUUCCACAACAUUGGGUGCACAGCAGCCGGAUGGCAGUCGCGAUGUCUACUUCCAUGCGAUGGCCAGCAAUAAUGAGUUUGUCGUUUCGAAUCGUGUGCUACAGCUGGAGUCAAAUGCGGCGCGUUCCGAUCAUGGCAACGAUUUCCGCUUGCUGGGCAGCCGUGGCCAAAAUAAGCAAUCCACAAUGCAUGAUUACGAUCCGAAGACCGGUGUUAUUUUCUAUGCUGAAAUACAAACGAAUGGUGUGGGCUGUUGGAACACGAACCAGCCGUUCUCGGCGGCAAACCAUGGUACCGUGGCAUCAAAUGAACAAACUAUGAUCUAUCCCAGCGAUUUAACGAUCGAUGAGGAUGGCAACAUUUGGAUCAUGACCAAUUCGAUGCCAAUCUUCAUUUACUCCACAUUGGAUAGCAACGUAUAUAAUUUUCGCAUCUGGAAGCAGAAUGUAAAUGAGGCCAAACGGAAUACGGUCUGCGAGUAGGUUUUAUGCAUAUGGAAUUGCUUUAAUGAACUUUUUGCAAUGAAGUUACAUAAUAAUAUAUUUAUACUUGUAUGUUGUAAUAAUGUAAUAAUUGUAUACUGACAAAAUAUUAACACAAAAAUUAUAUGGACAUAUAUGUAUAAAACAA